CCCUGCUGACGUGCAAUCACAUGUGCGGUUCGAUUAGCAGAACGUUUAACAAACCUAAUAUUCCAAAUUUUGUGUGUAAGUGGAAGCUGUGGAGUGUACGGCACGUCAUGUUAAUAGGUGGCGUAAUAGAAUUGGAAAUCCUAAUCAAUGGGUUUCGUUUUGCCCUCACCAUAUAAAUACCCUCUUAUCCUUCAUUUCUAUUCAUUACUACUUUCUAAGCGAUUCUCACAAUAAUCUCUGCUUCAUAUCAAAAUUCCCAAGAAGAACCCUAAUCCCUUCUCUUCAUACACUCAUUAAAGAUGCAAAUCUUUGUGAAAACCUUAACUGGUAAGACCAUCACUCUUGAGGUGGAGAGUUCUGAUACCAUAGACAAUGUUAAGGCUAAGAUCCAAGACAAGGAGGGGAUUCCCCCAGAUCAACAGAGGUUGAUUUUUGCUGGGAAGCAAUUGGAAGAUGGAAGGACUUUGGCUGAUUACAAUAUUCAGAAGGAGUCAACCCUUCACCUCGUGCUGCGUUUGAGGGGUGGAAUGCAAAUAUUUGUGAAGACCCUUACAGGAAAGACCAUCACUCUCGAGGUUGAGAGUUCUGAUACCAUUGACAAUGUCAAGGCUAAGAUCCAAGAUAAGGAAGGUAUCCCACCAGACCAGCAGAGACUUAUCUUUGCCGGUAAGCAACUCGAGGAUGGAAGGACUUUGGCUGAUUACAACAUUCAGAAGGAGUCCACACUUCAUCUCGUGCUUCGUCUUCGUGGCGGUAUGCAAAUAUUUGUGAAGACCCUUACAGGAAAGACCAUCACCCUUGAGGUAGAAAGCUCGGAUACAAUUGACAAUGUAAAGGCGAAAAUUCAAGACAAGGAAGGAAUCCCACCAGACCAGCAGAGACUUAUCUUUGCCGGUAAGCAAUUGGAAGAUGGCAGGACUUUAGCUGAUUACAACAUCCAAAAGGAGUCGACCCUUCAUUUGGUGCUGCGUCUGAGGGGUGGCAUGCAGAUCUUUGUGAAGACCUUGACUGGAAAGACCAUAACUUUGGAGGUAGAAAGCUCGGAUACAAUAGACAAUGUAAAGGCGAAAAUUCAGGACAAAGAGGGCAUCCCACCAGACCAGCAAAGACUUAUCUUUGCCGGUAAGCAACUCGAGGAUGGAAGGACACUUGCAGAUUACAACAUCCAGAAGGAGUCUACUCUUCACCUCGUGUUGCGUCUGAGGGGUGGCAUGCAGAUCUUUGUUAAGACCUUGACCGGAAAGACCAUAACUUUGGAGGUGGAAAGUUCGGAUACCAUAGACAAUGUAAAGGCGAAAAUUCAGGACAAAGAGGGUAUCCCACCAGACCAGCAGAGGUUGAUUUUUGCUGGUAAACAGUUGGAAGAUGGUAGGACUUUGGCUGAUUACAACAUUCAGAAGGAGUCUACUCUUCACCUUGUUCUCCGUCUUCGUGGUGGCUUUUAAAUCUGUUUAUAGCUGUUAUGAAUGGAAUGCAUUUUAUUUUUAUGUUUAUGGUUUUUAUUACUAUGAAACAAACUGCUUUUAUGAUUUAGUAUGGUUUAUGGUUUUUAAAACUUGUUAUAUAUGACAGUUUAUGGUUUGGCCUUGUGGUGGUAUAUUUUCAUAUUCAGAGUGAGAAAUUCUUUCUCAUGUUUAUGUUCUUGAGUUGUUUUUAAUGUUGCUGGUUUUAUUAAUAUCAAGGUUUUAGGCUCAACUCGUA